AUGGCCGCCUUUGUGCGCGUAUCAGGCCCAGCAAAUGGCAAUUUUCUGAUCGGAUACCCAGGCAUUUCUGCGACCAUGCCACGAAUCGAGGGUAAAGUUGAAAUCAGACCGUGCGUUGGCAUUACAGCUCCGGUCAACGUCUCGCUUGUCACGAUUUCCCUCCUCCGCCGCGAGACCAUUCACCCUUCGGCCGACACCUUCACGAAGAAACGCCUAGCUCCGCCGCGGAAAGAGAUCACUGACAUCGUCGGCAAAGAGAUGCUUCUAUUUCGAUGUCCCGCCGGCCGAGAAUACGAGGAAGUAAUAUCUAUGGAUCUGCCUUUCGUCCUCUUUAUUCCAUUUGGUCGUGGGGGUCGUGAUGCCUCUCGCCGUGUACCACCAGCUAGUGUACAGCUCCCGAGUCGCACCGCCGAAACCUACUACGAGAUGGUGGUGACGGUCCAACAAGGACAGCAGCAGCAGCACAAAUACACCUUCCCCGUCCCGAUCGCGCGCUACGACACACUCUCCACAUUCGGCAUGUACAAUCGUCCGGAGUCGGCGGAGCGUGUAUCAGAUCAUCUGGUCACCUUAGCCAUCUCACUACCACGGUGGUCCUACGGUCCUCUCGAUCCUGUCAGCGUCUACGUCAAACUGUCACCGAACGAGAGCUGGAUGGGCAAGGCGCGAAAAGUGACCAUCAACAAGAUCACCAUCGGCAUCGAUGAAGAAAUCAUCUACAACCACGAAGGCGAUGAGCCCCAGCGCAAAGUCAAGGUUCUAGCCAAGAAAACGGAAAACAUUGGCGUUAAACUGCCCCAAUCGGGCUACUUGACAAACCUGGGCUUGGUAUUCCCUGCCAAGGACCUCCGCGAUGCAGAAGGAAUCUUGCCAAGAAGUAGGGCUGCAUUUCCAACGUACGGUGUGAGCGGCUUCACAACCACAGCAAGUCUAUAUAAAAUUGAGUACUACCUCACAGUUCGAGCCCACUUAACCUCAGCAAGAGACAUUACCAUCCGACAACCAAUUGUGGUCUGCCCUCUCGACCACGCCGGCUGCAAAGAAGAAAUGGAAGCGAUCGAGCAAGCUGCACGAGACGCCGCCCACGUUAACCCGGACAACCCCAUGCUGCCUCUUCCAGCAAUUGUACGACCAAAUGACCACAACGCCCUCAGCCAUAUAGGCGCCGCUAUUGUCGGCAACCAGAAGAAACCGCUGAUCGACUGA